GUGCCAUUUUGCUUUCAGCAAUUUUAGUUUUAUAUCCGUAUUUGACAAUCCACAUGCGAGCACUAGGUAUAAAUGUACAAGAAACAGCCAUAAUGUCUGCCGUUACUCCAGCGGUAGUAAUUUUGAUGCCACCAAUGGCAGGAAUGAUUGCAGAUAAAAUUGGAAACUUCAGGGUACUGUUGGCAUCCUUUUCCGCAAUUGGUGGAGCAUCAGCCCUACUCCUACUGCUCGUACCUGUUGGUAGAUUGACCAUUACAUUUCCGGAUAGACUCGUAUUUGGACUAUCUUGCGAUACUAAUUCGACUCCUGCAUUGUCGCUCUACCAAGAGUAUCCUUGUACGACCAUAGAUCCCGAUCGUAUUCUUGACACAGAACUGAAAGUAGAAUCCUGUGGCUUCGCUUGCCAAGCUAUUCUGAGUGAGAAUUACACGAAUCAAAUUAUACGGACACGAAGUUAUGACGUUAAAAUAUAUGACAUCCAAAAAAACUCCACUCUAACGUACACUCACAAAUUGAGCGAAGGUGACCUCAUCGAACCCGAACCCAUCACAAAGGCAAAGAAUCAAAAAACCCUUAAAAACAACGAAAGAUACCGGACUUCUAUAAGAAAACUGUCCAAGAAUUUUUUCUAUUUUCCAACCAUUUCUAUGUAUAAUUUUUCCUGUGAUAUGUCUGAUGAAGCUUCAUUGAGUUGCGUUUUGGGAAGCAGAGACCAGUUCGAUGGAUUCCAAAGAAUCCAGAGUCCGUGGAAGGCAGGCAUAAAGCAAAAAAUCAUAGAACACAUCGACUUCGAGGAAAAUAGACAAAUUUUUGAAAUCGACUAUAUCAACAACAAAAAUAGAACCAAUAUAAGCUGCUUACAAAACACUGCGAUGGUUGGAAAACACAUAUCAGUUACUAUUCCCAUCAACUCCACUGACACCACAGUGAAACAUCUCGAUCUAGGUAGCUGUGUUCAUAGAUGCCUCGCGACAAGUCCAAGAAAAAAUGUGUGUUCCAACUCAAAAACUGUAAUUGAACUUGAUAUGACGGUAACAUUUUGGUCUUACCUCUCUGUUCGAGUUUUCGUGGGUAUAAUCAGUGGAACUUCCUUCGCCAUGUUUGAAGGAGCGGUGAUAGCAAUUUUGAGACAGCAUAAGGCGGAUUAUGGUUUGCAAAGGAUAUACGCUACAAUUGGUGGUAUGAUAAGCUCGCCUUUAUCGGGAUGGUUGAUAGACUAUGCCAGUCAAGGCAAGGGUUACACAGAUUUUAGGCCAAUAUUUUUCUUAUACGCUGGUUUGAAACUUGUCAGUGGAUUUUUGAUGCUAUUCAUAAACCUGGAAUUCAAAAAAGCCGCAUCUAGUGUGAUAACCGAUGUGAUAACUGUACUUAAAAAAUUAGAAUUGAUAGCUUUGUUCCUCUCCUGUAUAGUAUUAGGUUGUGCAUGGGGUUUCAUAGAGAGCUUCCUUUUCUGGCUAAUAGACGACCUUGGUGGUUCCAAAUCGUUGAUGGGUCUUACAGUAACCAUUGGUGGCAUUGUUGGCAUACCUCUACUAGUAUUAUCCGGACCGAUAGUCAAAAAAAUUGGUCACGCAAACGUUAUUUUCAUUGGAUUCGUGUUCUAUGCCAUACGUCUUCUGGGAUAUUCUUUAAUUUACAACCCGUGGUUAUGUUUGGUAUUUGAAGCCAUGGAAUCGAUAACGUUUGGUCUGAGUUUUACAGCUGCCGUGACUUACGCUGCAAAAUUAUCAACUGUUACAACUGAUACCAGUAUACAGGGUAUGCUUGGUGGAUUAUACUACGGAGUUGGUAAAGGAGUUGGCAGCCUGGUCGGCGGUUACUUAAUUGAGCCAAUCGGAAUUCGUAGUACUUUCCAGUUGUUUAGCGUGACCACUGCCUUGAUUGGAAUGAUUUACUUCAGUUUCUACCACAUUUACAUGAAGAAACACCCCUCUGAGGGCACUGACAUAACUAAAAAAGACAAGGUGAAAACCCCAGAAAUUCCUAAUAACAUUGACCAGAAAACUAAAUCAGAAAUUGCCAAUAUUCAAGCUGACUUGCCGAUGGUUUAUGAGGAUGCUUUGUGCAACCCUGCCUAUGAAACAACUGAAGUGGAAGAUGAAGAAGGAGACGCAAAAAACAAUUACCCAAUGACUAAAAUCAAUGGUCAGAUUUGACGAAGACAAAACUGAAAAUAUUAACAGUAUUGCAUUUUUUGUGAAUCGUGUAAAUUAUUAGUUCGUAGUAAAAAGAAAGUUCCUUCAUCGUCAUCCACAACUAUUGAAUGAACUAAAAUUAAGAUAUUUCCUGACUUAGUAGAUGAAACAAAAUUAUUCCCUCCAUUUCUGGAUGUUUUAUUUUCGUGAUCGUAGGUAUGUGAUUUCCUUUUAGUAGAUGUACAUCGUUCUAUGGAUCAUACAUUUAUGAGUUUGUUUUUGUAUCUGUGAUACCAUUAGUAAUACAUAACGUGUACUGCAGGAAUAAAGAGACAUUCAGCUGAAUGAGCCACAUCACAGACUUUAUUCAUGUAACCCUAGUAUACUAUGAAAUAUUUCUUGUGCAGCUCUACUUUUCAUUCUCUAUCUAAAAUAGCAGUACAGGUUGAAUUUUAUCAUGUUAACUAUUGAAAAUGUAUAUUUUAAUUAUUUUUAAAAUUAGAACGUUAGACUUUA